UUUCAUAAUCUAUUCUCCUGUACAUUUAUAGGAUAGUUUCCUAGUAAUUUCCUUCUUGUUCUAUAUGUACUCGUUGCUUUCCAACACAUAUAUAAUGUACAUAACUCUACUGUCACUAAGCUUAUCAAUUAUAUUAUCUCACACAAAUUCCCAUUCUCAUCAUCAAAUUACCUUUCCCCAUAUUGUCGUGAUAGAGUAUAAAACUAUUUCUGGGACGUCAACUAUCAGCUGAAAAUGCUGUUUGGAAAAAAGCGCGGGGUGGCAGAAGAGGGUGGCGGGGCAACCGUAGAAGGAGGAAGCACCACCAAUAACGGUGGUGGAAGUAGUAGUGGCAAUGAGGAUGACAGUUUCUACAGUGGUAGUUGGAGCAACCCAAUUGAGUGUUAUGCAUGCACUCAAGUGGGUGUACCAGUGUUCCACUCUACUAGCUGUGAUCGGGCCGACCAGCCCGAAUGGGAGGCCUCUGCCGGGUCCUCCCUCUACCCGACCCGAACCCGAUCCAAUUUACGCUCUCGGUCCAAACAGGCCCGGGGGAGCCGGCUCCGGAAGUGGCCCUCGGGCCUGUUCGGCCCGAUACUUGACCCGAGGAGCGAGCGGGUCCGGUGGUGGAACCGGGUGAUCCUGCUGGCACGUGCCGUGGCACUAGCCGUUGAUCCUGUAUUCUUCUAUGCUUUGUCUAUUGGACGAGGUGGCUCGUGUCUUUACAUGGAUGGGGUACUUGCUGCGGUUGUAACACUUAUUCGCACGUGUGUGGAUGCUGUGCACUUGUGGCAUUUGUGGCUUCAGUUUCGGUUGGCGUACGUGUCAAGAGAAUCGUUGGUAGUUGGGUGUGGGAAACUCGUGUGGGAUGCACGUGCCAUUGCUUCACAUUAUGUACGUUCUUUGAAAGGCUUCUGGUUUGAUCUCUAUGUCAUACUUCCUAUCCCUCAGGUUGUGUUCUGGUCUGUUGCGCCGAUGUUACUCAGACAGGAUAAGAUUAAAAUUUUGAUGACAAUAUUGCUGCUUAUUUUUCUAUUCCAAUUCCUGCCCAAAGUUUAUCACAGCAUAUAUCUAAUGAGAAAGAUGCAAAAGGUCACUGGAUACAUCUUUGGUACCAUAUGGUGGGGGUUCGGACUUAAUCUCGUUGCUUACUUCAUUGCUUCUCAUGUUGUUGGAGGAUGCUGGUAUGUUCUUGCAAUACAGCGAGUUGCAGCUUGCCUCACACAACAGUGUAGUAGGACAGGAAACUGUGGUAUGUCUUUGUCUUGCUCAAAGGGAAUUUGCUAUGAGUUUUUGAAGCAACCAGAUGCGAUAGCAAGAUGUGGUGUCAACUCCACAAUCACCCAUACGUCGUUUUGCUUGGAUGAUAAUGGGCCUUUCAGUUAUGGAAUCUACAGUUCCGCAGUUCCUGUCAUUUCCAGCAAUGCCAUUGUUAUUAAGAUCCUAUAUCCCAUUUCAUGGGGCUUAUUCCAGCUGAGUACUUUUGGCAAUAAUCUGACUCCAACAAGCCAAUGGGCAGAAGUGUCCUUCUGUAUGUGUCUCGUACUUGGUGGAUUAAUGCUUUUCACCUUAUUGAUUGGUAACAUUCAGGUGUUCCUGCAUACUGUCAUGGCAAAGAAGAGAAAAAUGCAACUGAGAUGUCGAGACAUGGAAUGGUGGAUGAAGCGAAGACAAUUGCCAUCUCGGCUAAGGCGUAGAGUAAGUCACUUUGAACGCCAGAGUUGGUUGACUACAGGAGGAGUUGAUGAGAUGGAGCUAAUCAAAGACUUGCCUGAAGGUCUUAGGCGUGACAUCAAACGAUAUCUUUGCCUUGAUCUCAUAAAAAAGGUUCCACUGUUUCACUGCUUGGAUGAUCUAAUCCUUGAUAACAUCUGUGAUAGAGUGAAACCACUGAUCUACUGCAAAGAUGAAAAGAUCAUGAGGGAAGGGGAUCCUGUUCAAAGAAUGGUGUUCAUAGUUCGUGGACGAAUAAAAAGCAACCAAAACCUUAGUAAAGGCUUGGUAGCAACAGACAUUCUAGGACCAGGAGCCUUCUUAGGUGAUGAGCUCUUAUCUUGGUGCCUUCGAAGACCAUUCAUCCACAGACUCCCUGCCUCAUCAGCAACUCUUGUUUGUCUCGAAUCUAUCGAAGCAUUUGGACUCGAUGCUUAUGACCUACGUUACAUCACCGAACACUUCCGCUACAAGUUUGCCAACGAAAGCCUUAGGCGAACCUUGAGGUACCAUUCUUCGAAUUGGAGGACUUGGGCUGCCGUGAAUAUACAGUUUGCUUGGCGGAAGUAUGUGAAGAGGACUAGAGGUUCAGCAACUCAUGUAGCCUCUCAGAAUGGAGAUCCUGAGAAAAGGCUCCUUCAGUUUGCUGCUAUGUUCAUGUCUUUCAGACCUCAUGAUCAUCUUGACUAGAACUCCACUUUUCAGUUCUGUAUUGUUUCCAUUUCUUUUCCUAUCCUUUCUAAAGUGUAUUUAGAUGUAACAUGUAAAGGACAUUGCUUUAACAUACUCUAAUAUAUUUGUCUUCCAUUGUUUGCUGUAA